UCCUCUUUCUGUCUAAAGAAUCCCUAAACAACCGCAUUUAUCAGACCAAGGACUGUAUACGUCAUCAAGGACACUUUACCUAUCCAAGAUUAAAUGGAUAUGGGACUGGAUACAUACGUAGAAUAAUUGCUUUUUUGCAUUUAUUAGAGACUUCUUCGCUUUAGCAUCUCCGUCACUUUUGUCUGAAGAAUUUGCAUGAUGGAAUUGCUGAAGCUGCUAUUCAUAGUUUGCUGUGGCGCGUUUAAUUCAGUACGCGCAAACGUGACUGCUGACAAUACUGACAACUAUUCAAAUCUAGAAGAUGAACUGGACAAUCAAGAAAACGUUUUAACACAGCUUUUAGGAGAUUAUGACAAACUGAAGACUCUCUCUGAGGGCUCAGACUGUCGCUGUAAGUGUGUUGUGCGGCCUCUGAGCAGGAGCGCGUGCACGCGCAUCGAAGAGGGUCAUGCCAAGACAGAGGACUUCUAUACAGUGGAGACAGUCACAGGUGCCAACUGUAAGAAGUGUGCCUGCAUUGCCCCUCCCUCUGCCCUGAACCCCUGUGAGGGCGAUUUUAGGUUUAAGAAGCUGCAAGAUGCAGGAAAAGAUGAUGUCAAGCUCUCAACCGUGAUGGAUCUUCUGGAGGGAUCGUUAUAUGGAAUGGAUUUGUUAAAGCUUCACUCUGUCACAAUGAAACUCCUGGAACGGGUGGAAAAUAUAGAGAAGUCGUCAUCUGGAAACCUAACAAAGGAGAAAGUAAGUGUGAAAGGUGAAAAGGCACAAGGAAAGGGCCCUCGCUCCAGCCAGCGCCAGGAGAAGAAGAAACGUCUAAAUGUGCUGGAGCCCUCACUGCAGAAGAAUGUGGCAGCUGCUCACACUGAGAGGAAAUAUGAAGAGAAGUUUCUUGGGAGUCAGGGUCCCAGCAAGUCAGCGUUGAAGAAAACCAAGUCUGAGGUCAGGGAGGAGCCUCGUAAACCUGUAAAGAACGUGACAGGUCCCAACGGCAUGACCAUUAAAAGCAUGACCUUCUACAAAGCUAAAACAAUGGAGGAUGCUGACGGGGAACAGCAGAUAGCCCAUGAGGUUCUGACAGGUGACGGCUCAGUAGAUUUAGUGAUUGAAGACGAUCUUAAAAAGCCAAAGUCACGUACACCUGAGACACGGCCUAGAACCACUGCAGCAGUGACACAACAGUCUUCCACAACUGACAUCAACAACCACCAUCCCCUACAGCCGGCUGUUUCUCUGAAUGGUAACUUCACUACUGCAAACACGACCAAUGUUACAAAGGAAGCUAAAGAAGAGACUGAGAAAGCCAAGAAAGGAAGCACAACUACGACAAACCUGCCAAACUCAAAGCCUUUAACUAUCACAAUACCACCAAGCAACUAUACAGCAACCAUAGCAACUCCUCUUGCAUUGCCAAAGCAGCUGGCCAGUGUUACAAUGGCCACAAAAAGUUCAAAACCUCUGAGCUGGGAUGAAGCCACUACUGGAAUGAGCACACAUUCGCCCAAAACCUCCAAAGAAAAAGGAGUCUGCAAGGACACACUAGCAAGCAUUACUGAUCCUGUUACACAUAACACUUAUGGAAAAAAUCAGGGUGCCUGGAUGAAAGACCCAAAAGGCAAUGGAAGAGUGAUUUAUGUUACAGACUACUUCUACGGGAACAUGCUUCUGGAAUUCCGCGAUAUAGACACCUUUAAGCAAGGGCAGUUUAGCAACUCUUACAAACUCCCCUACAAUUGGAUGGGCACCGGCCACGUCAUCUACGGUGGCUCUUUCUACUACAACAGAGCAUUUUCUCGUGACAUCAUCAGAUAUGAUAUCCGUCUCCGGUACGUGGCAGCGUGGACCACCCUUCACGAUGCAGUGCUACAGGAGGAGGACUCCCCGGGGCAAUGGACAGGACAUACAGACUUUGACUUUGGUGUGGAUGAGAGCGGCUUAUGGUUAGUGUAUCCGGCUCUGGACGAAGAAGGAUUUCAUCAGGAAGUGAUCAUUCUCAGUAAGCUAAAUCCCGCAGAUCUGCAGAAAGAGAAGACGUGGAGAACCGGCCUGAGGAGGAACUAUUAUGGAAACUGUUUCGUCAUCUGUGGCGUUCUGUAUGCGGUUGACAGCUUUGAGCACACACAUGCAAACAUCUCCUACGCGUUUGAUACGCACACAUAUACCCAAAUGAUCCCCCGUCUGCCUUUUAUAAACAAUUACACAUACAACACACAAAUCGACUACAACCCAAAGGACCGUAUGCUUUACGCAUGGGACAAUGGCCAUCAGGUGACCUACAAUGUAAUAUUUGCUUAUUAACAAUAAUGGAACUAUACAUUUUAUUAGGAGACUGCUUGCAGUGCCUUUUUUGUAUAAAAUAGGAAAAUGAUUAUGUGUCUAAGUGGGUUGUAGAUCAGUCUACAUGACAGUUUUUAAAGAUAUUUUAUAACAUCUCUAUUUUUGUUAGUCAUUGUUUUGCCUUUUGGUCUGCUGCAUGUGUUUCGUCCCUUUGUUUAUCAGUGGAUGUUUAAAGGGAGUUAGAUCUUGAGAAAUAUUUUUUAAAUAUUCAUGACAAGGUAUUUUUAC